GAUAUCUCGGACUGGACAGAUUCUGGAUCCCAACCUGAAGUUGCGCACGGUUUUUUUUUCUAAACCGGUGGAUAUACGGGACAUAACACGGAUUUCUUUCUUUCUUGCACUUUUUCCUUUUUAAAACAAAAGGUGUCCACGGAAGGAGUUUCUCUCGUUCCUUUCCCCCCCCCCCCCUUCUUCUCACUCCACGGGAGCUAUGAGCGGACUGCGUAAGCGCGUCAUUAUGGGACUGGUGCUGCUGCUGUGCGCACUGACCGACCACUGCGGCGAGAGCGCGCCCUCCGCGGCCCCGUCGCCGGCGGACGCGGGCGCGGGCGCGCAGCAGGAUUUCAGGCGCCUGGUGGAGAUCGUGAAACACGUGGAGGACAGCCGGGGACACCACGGCGCGAGGAUGGAUUCCCCGCUGACUCCGCUGGCCAGGAGCGCAGAGCAGGAGCAGAGGGACGCUCACAGCCUGAGAGCGGAGAGGGGGACCCAGGCUGCCGCUGUAUUUCCCAGAGAUUUAAGAAAGAAGGAGAAAUUCCUAAAACACCUAACAGGUCCUCUGUACUUCAGCCCAAAGUGCAGGAAGAAUGUGUACAGAGUCUACCACCACACCAGAGACUGCACAAUACCUGCAUACUUCAAAAGGUGCGCACGGCUUCUCACACGGUUAGCCGGCAGCCCACAGUGCACAGAGGGAUAGCACCCACGAGGUCGAGGCCCGACUGGACAACUGAACUCCAAAAGGAAAAAAACUUGGGGAGCAAAGUGCCUUGGACAGUAAGAGGGAAGCCUAAAUCUGACCGGCCCUGACUGAUAUCAGGCACAUUAAUGUCCUUCACUGAGGUUUCUUCUGCAAAGGCGUGGACUGCUGCUGCCCACCAUUCUGGCUGGGCCUCAAUGGUUUGCUGUCAGCACAAGGGAGCGACUGGUC